GGUCAGCAUGGACGAGUUGGGCCGAAGGGCCUGUUCCCGUGCUGUAUUACUCUAUGACUCUGUGUGAAUCACAUCCCCUGUCUCUGGGAUUCCUGCAGGAUGAAGUUCCGUUACCUACUGCUGCUUGCUUCUCUCUGUGUGAUCCUUCACUUCACCAAGUCACAAGAGAAUGUGAUCGCGGGAGUUCGGGCGACCCAGUCCACCACCUAUGCACAUUACGGAGACGCAGAUAACGCCAUCGAUGGAAACCACGACAGCCGAUUCCGGCACUCGUCCUGCAGCCGCACCAGACGGCAGUCACGCCCGUGGUGGAGAGUGGAUCUGCAGAAACACUACCGCAUCUACGUGGUCAGCAUCACCAGCGCGAACCGGAUGGCCAAGAGACUGAAAGGAGCCGAGAUCCGGAUCGGAGACUCGCUGGAGAACAACGGCAACAGCAACACCCUCUGUGCAAAGAUCACCCACAUCCCCGCGGGACAGACUGCCAACUUUUACUGUGAGCCCGCCGGCGUCCACGGUCGCUACCUGAACAUCUAUCUGCCGACGUGUCGGGGUUCCCUCACGCUGUGUGAGGUGGAGGCGUUCGGAGUGCACGAACCCCACUGAUCCGGCUCCCGACGUUCUCUGAGACGGACACUGGGCGCGAACUGGCAAUCUCCGCUUCGUGCUUCCGGCUUUUGCAACCGAUCCAGAUGGAGAACAGACCUCCGUAUCCCGGACCAUCCCGGUCCAACCCUGCUUCAAGCAGCACUUUUCACAGCGAGCCGGCCUUUCAGAGAUUCUGCAGCAUUGCCCAGAACGAAGGACAGCGGGUGGUGGUGGGGGAGAGACCGGGAGAGACCAGGGAGCGGACACCACUCAGCGCCUGGGACACACUGUCGGGACAGAGGGAGCGUCCUCUGCCCCACCACUGCCUGUCACGCAC